GGCAAUAAAAGCAGCCAUUGUUGGAAAAACGUAGCUAGGAAUUUGUCCACAUAAACCUCUCAUAAACCCUUUUUUCUCCGACAAGAAAAAACGAACUAAAAGCCUUCUUUGAGAAUGGGUGGUGCUUCAUCGCAACUGGGGGAUGGACUAUCUAAGGAGAACACUUCAACAGCCACAUCUUCUUCACAACUUCCAAAAGACGAAAAGUCAGCUCCCGCUACAGUCCCUGCAGAUUCAAAGCCAAAGAAGAAGAUUUGCUGUGCUUGUCCAGAGACUAAGAAGGUGAGAGAUGAAUGCAUUGUGGAACACGGUGAAUCAGCUUGUGAGAAAUGGAUCGAAGCUCAUCUUAAAUGCCUUCGAGCUGAAGGCUUCAACGUCUGAAACUGGUUACAGAACUAAUUCUCUAAAAAAGGAAGAAAGGUGAUAUACUUUUGUAGAAUGUCCGAUAUAUGUUGUCAUUACGAAAAUUAAUUAGCUAAUUUCUCACAGAUUAUUUUAUACAAAACAUUGUUUUUACAUAUUCAGAAUAAACAGGGCAUAGUUUUUUGGAAACAAUUGCUUUCGAUUUUACAUUUUUCAUGUUGUAUUUGUUCUCUACAAUAGUAUUUC